GGACACCUAAAGUCUCAAUUUCGUUAAGCAUUUAAAAAACUCAUUAGUUAUCAUGAAUCACAUAAACUAUCACAGUUACGGUCCUCAUUUCAUCAAGAAAUCAAAAGAAACAGGUGUCACGUUGAAAUCGGGCAAGAUAAAUAGGUUCAGUUCGCAGUUUUAUAGUGAUAUUCCAAGAACCUCGAUAUAUGUGAGUCAAGAUUUAUACUUCCUACAUUAUAAUUCAAAAGAUGUGGAAAUUAUUGAGAAUGUAAGAAGGGGAAUAAUUCAAGGAUUGAAGACUAUUAGAAAAAAGUGCAAAACUGGACCCUUUUCAACAGGCAACCAUAUGUUAAAGAAUACAUCAGAUUUACUCACCAAAAAGUAUAAAACUCGAAGAAAUUCACGAAAAAGUUCUUCUGGUCAUUCUAAAAAUCAGAGAAACAGUACUAGUGAGCGUGACAAAUGUUUGUCAAUGGAAGAGAAGUCAACCCGUUCUAAGUCUCCAAUAACAUCUUAAUUAAAAACAGUCUAGUUACUCUCACUGUUAUUGUGUUGAAUAAAUCAUAUUAUCUAAUCAGAAAUGUCCUGAAAAUUUUCACGCAUACUUAGCCAAACCGGAAUUUAGGAGCUUUUUGUUAACAUUAGUUUAAUAUGAAGCAGUAAUGCUUCGUAAGUCAUGAAACAGUACAUCCGUCACUGUUUGGCUGAAAAUUUACUUCAUUAUCCAAAAAAAUAUUGGAACGUCCUUCACCUUUUAGUACGAAUAGAAACAACAGCUUAACUAUCGUAGCAACUGUUUUAGUAGAUAAGUAGUGACAUUUCGUGGAAGCAACCUUAUUAUGG